GCUGGUUCCGAUUCCACGAUGCCAGAAGAAGAAAGUCUCGCUUCCGAAUCCGAAUCCGAGGUUGAAAAUGCCGGCCAAUUUCCAAGUAAUAAGAAACCGUGGGAAGUUCCACAGUUUCGGAGUGCUUCACAGGAGAGACUUCAUAUCUAUGUUUUGGAGAAACGACUAGCCGCCGUCGAAGCAAAGCUUUUGGAGAACUUGAAAGAUAAAAAACCACAAACCGACAAGGAAAGGGCUAGCAGCCGAUCAGUGAUACGAAAGAAAGCCCGCCGCAUCUCGAACCCUUCUUCUCUACCAACGCUUUCCCAGGUCGUAUGGCUCAGUUAUGAUGGGUUCAAAAACAAUUCUAGGGACGAUGAGUAUCAAUGCGCAAUCGAAGUCCUUAGCGCGGGGUUUGAUCUGAAGCAAGAGAUUGAAGAAAUUGGUCCACAGGUCUCUUUUGACUCAACCAAUGAUCCCACGCUCCUAAUCAAUCAUGGCAAGCCGAGGAGAUCAGAAAGAUCUACGCGCUCGAACAUGAGAUCUGCAUAUAGAGUGCGGAUCCGAUCUCCAUCUCUUCUCCUCAUUCUUAAUAAAGUCAUCGGAUACGGCAGAAUGGACUGCACAACAUUUGCACGCCCUUUCAAGCCAUUGAUAUUUCACCAUGACACCAUGAAAACCAUUCUUUCUGAUCUAGAAGCAAAAUGGGGCGAAACGGAGCGCAACCAACCGGCCGAGCACUGGUCCAUUUUGAGAGGAGAAAAAACAGACCAGAGUGCAUUGGAGCCAGGGAGCGCGAGAAAGAGAAAUUUAUCUACGAAUAACGUGUCUGCGGACAUGGUUGAUAGUGUCCAGGCUCUACGGGCCAUGAGGGUCUACGUCGAAUUUGUUGACAGCGAACUGAUUCCUCUUUAUCAUCAAUUUGAAGAGCAAAACGGCAAAGUUACUCCAAACAGAGUCAGGUUCGACGAUCUGUGGUAUCUAUUUCGCCUGGGAGGGCUCCUUUUCAACCCGAAUGCCCCGAAUCCCACAAAUGGCAAGGCAAGGGAUAGAUCUUUUCGAAGCCGACGGGUGAUGAGAGUAUAUUCAAUCACUUACCCCGACCAUGGUACGGAUGGGUAUUCCCAAAAUGACAAAGUAUUGAUCAGGUGUUACUCGAUCGAUCACAACGGUGAAUCAUACAUCCCAGUGAAGGGGAAAGUGACGAUUCCGUACUUCGAAGGAGAGAAAGAUAUCCAGUCGCUGGACAUUUAUCCUGUUAGAUUUGCUCAGGAUCAUCAACGGAUACUGCAAGAGUUGGAUGACCAGGGGAGACUUUUUCAGAGGUGCAUUUCCGAAAAGUAUUUGUUUUACAAGGGCUGGACUAUUGGAGACUAUGACUAUCCGGAAUACAUUGACAGUGAUGUGAUUGUCGAUUUUGUUGAGGCAUUGAAAGCCCAUCCCCGCUGGUCGACCAUUUCGCAUAUACCAGCUUUGCACGAUGGCGAGGAUAAUUAUUCGGUUAUGAUUGACGAUGUUCCCGGAACUAUCUGGACUGAUAAAGAGCGGACACAAGUCGCAGCAAACUUCCAAGAUGAAAUUUAUACGGGCACAUCCAUCGACACGAAAGAAAGAAAUUUGAAUCUCAAAAACGACAAAUUCCUCAGUGAUCAAAGGGAGAGGCGCAGGAACCCCGAUGGAAUCUCGAGUGAUGAGGUCGAAGAUGAAGAUUUUGUUUUAUUCCCUCGAAGACUCUUUGCUUAUUCCCUUCAAGACCGUAAGUUCGUCCCGGUGGAUAUUCGAAAACUCAGACUUGUGGCAGACCAAGGCGAGCAAUUUAAGAAUGUAUUCAUUGCGAAGGAGCACAAGAAAAUGAUCAAUGCGGUGGUUGAUUCACACUUUGAAAGGAAGGAUAUCGAGAGAGACCCGAAGAUGGCAAAUAUGAGCCAGGAUAUUAUUCAGAACAAGGGAAGGGGACUCGUCAUCUUACUGCAUGGUGUUCCAGGGGUUGGAAAGACCUCCACGGCGGAGGCUGUCGCCAAUGCAAAGAAAAAACCCCUAUUCACUAUUACAUGCGGUGAUCUUGGAUUCUCUCCUUCCGAGGUGGAAUCGUCACUGAAAGAAAUCUUUCGCCUGGCACAUCUAUGGGAUUGUGUUCUGCUGAUGGAUGAAGCAGAUGUCUUUUUGUCGCAACGUUCGACCUGGGAUUUGAAGCGGAAUGCCCUGGUAUCAGUCUUUCUUCGUAUCCUGGAGUAUUACAAUGGUAUCCUAUUCUUGACAACGAACAGAGUCGGAACGCUUGACGAAGCUUUCAAGUCUAGAAUCCAUGUCAUUCUCUACUACCCACCACUGAGCAAGAACCAGACAGAGGGUAUAUGGCGAAUAAAUAUAAGAAAACUGAAACAGAUUGAGGAAGAACGACACAUCAUACUCGAUACCGGCAGCGACUCGGAUGAGCAUGCCGAAUUGCCAUUGAAAGUCGACGAAGAAGAGAUUCUGGAUUUUGCACUCAGUCACUGGCAGCAGCAUCAAUAUGGAAAAGGAAGAUGGAACGGAAGACAGAUUCGGAAUGCUUUCCAAAUUGCGGCAGCGCUGGCACGAUUCGAAAUGCGUACUGUCGCGAAAAAGCGCGAGAUGGAGAAAAUCCCCAACGCCACCCCGGAAGCUUUACAAGGCGAGCUGAGGGCAAGGCAUUUUAGAGCUGUCGCAGAAACAAGUCACCACUUUGAGAUGUACAUGAAUGAAACUAUGGGCAAGACGGAUGCCGAAAUUGCGCUGGAGCAGGGGAAUCGCGCUGAUCAUGUCAGUCGGCUCAAACAAAAAAUGACCGAAAAGCCCGUGAUCCGGGAACAUCUGGAUUUCGAUUACUAUGAGGGCCACUCUGGCGGCGAAAACAAUCAUCGAGAGGGGAUACACGACUUUGCGACAAGGCGUGGAUGCUUCAAUUUCCCUAGGAACCCGACCUGA